GCCAGCGGGGCCACUGCGAUCCCAAUGGCAUCCCUGUAUGUAGGUGAUCUACACCAUGAUGUGACAGAGGCAAUGUUGUAUGAAAAAUUCAGCCCGGCUGGGCCUAUUUUGUCCAUUCGCGUGUGUAGGGAUAUGCUCACCCGCCGUUCCCUCGGCUACGCCUACGUUAACUUCCAGCAGUUGGCAGAUGCUGAGCGAGUGUUGGAGACCAUGAACCUGGAUGUGAUCAAGGGCAAGCCGGUUCGCAUUAUGUGGUCCCAGCGUGACCCCUCCCUGCGCAAGAGUGGCGUGGGCAACAUUUUCAUUAAAAACCUAGAGAAGUCCAUUGACAACAAAGCCCUGUAUAAAACUUUCUCUGUCUUUGGAAAUAUCCUGUCCUGCAAGGUGAUCAGUGAUGAGAAUGGUUCCAAGGGCUAUGGCUUUGUUCACUUUGAAAACCAGCAGUCUGCUGACAAAGCGAUUGAGAAAAUGAAUGGGGUACGUCUGAAUAAUCUCAAAGUGUUUGUCGGACGCUUUAAAUCCCGCAAAGAGAGAGAACUUGAACUUGGAGCUAGAGCUAGAGAAUUCACUAAUGUUUACAUCAAGAAUUUUGGAGAAGAUAUGGACAAUGAUAGACUUACUGAAGUCUUUGGUAAAUUUGGACAUGCUUUGAGUGUAAAGGUGAUGACUGAUGACAGUGGGAAGUCCAAAGGUUUUGGAUUUGUGAGUUAUGAAAAACACGAAGAUGCUCAGAGAGCUGUAGAUGAAAUGAAUGGCAAGGAGCUCAAUGGAAAGCGCAUUUAUGUUGGCCGAGCUCAGAAAAAGGGAGAAAGGCAGACCGAACUCAAACGUCACUUUGAACAGGUGAAACAAGACAGAAGCAGCAGAUACCAAGGUGUUAACCUUUAUGUGAAAAAUCUUGAUGAUAGUAUUGAUGACGACCGCCUACGAAAGGUGUUUUCUCCAUUUGGGACAAUCACAAGUGCAAAGGUUAUGAUGGAAGGGGGUCACAGCAGAGGCUUUGGAUUUGUCUGUUUCUCUGCACCUGAGGAAGCUGCCAAAGCAGUUUCUGAAAUGAAUGGCAAAUUGGUAGCUACCAAACCUCUCUAUGUAGCUUUAGCCCAGCGCAAACGAGACCGCCAGGCUCACCUGACAAACCAGUACAUGCAGAGAAUGGCUAAUUUCCAAGCCAUGUCUAAUCCAGUGUUCAACCCCUAUCAACCGCCACCUACUUCCAGGUACUUCAUGACAACUCUUCCACCGCCUCAGACUCGCCCUGCUUAUUAUCCUUUUGGGCAACUUACUCAAUUCAGACCAACUCCUCACUGGGGUGUUCCCGGGGGAAGAUUUCAUCCAUUCCAGACCAUCCCUGGCGUAAUGCGUCCAAGGGCACCUACAUCCCCAUUUAAUCCUGUGACGUCUCCAUCUGUACCCGUUUCAGCAAUUAUGAAUACUCAGCAUAUGGUUAAUCCACCAAGUCAGAUGAUGGGGCAGCCAACUCCACCAUUCAUGCCUACUGUGCGCUCAGUCCAGCAAUAUAAAUAUGCUGCUGGAGUCCGCAAUCCAAAACACCUCAACAUGCCACUACCAGUCACUACUCCUCAGCCUUCUGGCCUUUUUGAAUACCCGGAGCCUCUAACCGCCUCCAUGUUAGCUGCCACUCCUCCUCAUGAGCAAAAGCAGAUUUUAGGAGAACGGCUGUUCCCACUCAUUCAAGUCCUAAAUCCUGCUCUGGCGGGCAAGAUCACUGGCAUGCUGCUAGAGAUCGACAACUCAGAGCUUCUACAUAUGCUUGAGUCUCCCGAGUCUCUCCAGGCUAAAGUUGAUGAAGCCGUGGCUGUCCUGGAAGCUCACCAAGCUAAAGAAGCUGCUGAGAAGAAAGGUGACAUUCUCCCUAAGAUGCCACCAGAUUAA